AUGACAAGCUGGCCAUCAGAACCUGAUAGGGCUUCCCCUCGCAAGGCUGCGGAUGAAGCUAGACCUCUGGCCCUUCACGCCUGCUCCAACCCUCCGCCGCUCAACACUGAUCUCAAGAAAGAUUCUCGAGAGCACAAGGAGGCAAAGGAUGCCAUCGUUGCAGAAGUGGGAACGCCUCUAGAUGUUGGUGAGCGGAGUGAUCGAGAAAGCUCUGUAGGUGGAGACGAACAAGAAGACGACCACAUGGCCCUAGACUCAAUCCCUUCACCUACCCCGCAUGGCCGUGGAGAAGCAAACACGAAUGCAGAGCCAAACGGAAACGGAGACAGGGCGAGGGGCGAAGACCAGGUCACGUGUGUUAUCCACCAAAACCGGGGUAUCAGAGAGUUCGACACCAAAGAGCUCAAACCAGGCGGUGUCCAACGAUUUCGGCAACGCUUUGUGAAAGAUGGACUUGCCACGCUCAUCACCUCCUCCGACUCAACUACAGUUCAGAAUUCAACAGCGGACCAAGAUUCUCGGAGCGGCGUUUCUCUUCCCCCUCCUGCUCAUUCUCUGUCAGAGAGAAGUCGGUCUAGCUCGUCGCGGCAGAAUUCCGGAUCGGGUACUUUUUCGUCAAGACCAGGAUCAUCAACACCGGUGUCCGAAACGUUACGGUCCGAGGAGGUGGCAUUCCAUCCAGAAGAACAAAACCCUCCCCAGUACUUGCUGCUAUGCGUCAACCUGAAAAGCCUUCCGGUAUUGAAACAUAUCGACUGCAGUUCUUUCUGGAAUGACCAAUACCUUUUCCAGCAUAUCUUGGAAAGAUAUCAGACAAUACGUGAGGAGUCAACCUCGGAGAAUCUCCCUGCUUUUCCCCCGUUGGUACGCGCAAUACUGGACAAAGGAGUGGUUUUUCUCAGGAAAAAUACUCCGAGCUGGCUGGAUUGGAUGUUCAAAAAAUUUCAAAAGUUGUCCGAAGCUAGUCUUUUCAGUAUGCACACUGGCGAUUACGUUCAGCUGUUGAUUCCAUUCCAUCGUGGCAUACAACGCUCUCUGGGCAUCGACACAGCGACAACUACUGGAUCACAACAUUUCCAAAACAGCUUCGGGGGCCGCUACAUCGCCUACCAGGAGCGCGCGAAAGAGUAA